CCCAUUACCAUAACACAUCAUUAUAAUAGUAUUUAAAAAGAGUUAUUGUAUAUGAGAAAAGUUUCAAGCGGCAAGGUAAAAUAAAAUAGCGCCAAAUCCCUAAGUUUUUUCUACAGUAACUCCCCUUUCCCGUGUACCCAUUUCCCCUAUACCCAUUUCUUCAAUCUUUCUCCAUCGGCAGUUUGACCCAUUUCCCCCUCUCCCGAUAAUGUGCGAGGACUCUCUUCAUCUUCGGUGAUGACCUUCCACUCUAUUCCAUCGACAACUUUCAUCUCGAUAGUCGUUCACCCUGUUCCAGCCCUCCAUCGACAACUUUCUUCUCAACCCCACUUUCUAACUCAAGGACACGUGAUGAGUCUCACAGUUCACUGAAAUCGUAAGGUGUUUUAGCUGCCCAACCGAACAAUACCCAUCAUCAAAAGAAGCUCAGAUUUGGGUCCAAUGGUGAGUUUAAGAUACGACAAGUGGACUUUCAGUGGUGGAAAUUUACAUUGAACAAUACCCAUCAACCGACUUAUUUACAGUGAAAAGCACAGGUGGAAAUUUAGAAGACUCUGACUUGGGGAUAAGAAAAAGGGGUCUAAAACAGCUGCAUGAGAUGUUUAAUUCAGAAGGAGCAGUGCCAGAAAACCCAAAGGUUGCAUACGGAAGGACGAAAAAAGGCCAAAGUUUAUCUGUAGCAGAAGAGAGUGGACAAAAUUUUGAUAGUGUUUCGCAGAUAUCAACUGGAAGCCAGAAGCUGAAAAACUAGGUCCUAUUUGAGUUUGAACGAGCAUCAAAAGCUGAAACUAAGGUUCAAACUUUAAAGAAAGCUUUGGCAAAGGUGCAAGCUGAAAAGGAUACUCUCCUUUUUCAAUAUCAGCAAAGUGUAGAGAAGUUAUCUAAUAUGGAUAGAGAACUUAAGCAUGCACAAAAAGAUGUUGGCUUGCUAGAUGAAUGAGCAAGCAAAGCUGAAAUCGAAAUCAAAAUAUUGAAGGAAUCCCUUUCAGAACUAGAAGCUGAGAGAGAUGCUGGUCUUCUUCAAUUCAAUCAGUGUUUAGAGAAGAUAUCUAGCCUAGAGAAUCUGUUAUCUCAAGCACAAGAGGAAGGAAAGGGGCAAAAUGAACGAGCUCUAAGGGCAGAAGCUGAAUGUCAGAAUCUUAACCAAGAACUUUGUAGAUUAGAGGCUGAGAAAGAAGCUGAGCUUGUUCAGUACAAAUAUUGUCUUAAGAAAAUUUCUAUUUUGGAAUUUAAACUAUCACUUGUUGAGGAAAAUGCUAGGUUACUUAAUGAGCAAAUUGAAAGAGCAGAAGCUGAAGUUGAAGCACUAAAGAAAGUUGUCGCUGGGAUGAAUGCUGAGAAAGAAGCUGUAGCACUUCAGUACAAGUAGUGCUAGGAGAUUAUUGCUAUGAUGAAUGCUGAGAAAGAAGCUGCAGCACUUCAGUACAAGUAGUGCUAGGAGAUUAUUGCUAUGAUGGAAGCUGAAAUUUCUCAAGCUCAAGUGAAUGUAGAACGCCUGAAUGAUAAAAUUUUAAUGGGAGCUGCUAGAUUGAAAAGUGCUGAAGAACAGUGUGUUCAGUUGGAGAGAUCAAACCAAACUCUGCAAUCAGAGGCAGAUGAUUUGUUGCAGAAGAUAUCUAGGAAAGACCAAUAACUUACAGAAAAAAAAUGAUGAAUUAAAUAAAUUUCAGGCCCUGAUGCAAGAGGAGCACUCAAGGUUUCUACAAGUUGAAGCAACGCUCCAAGCUCUGCAGAAGUUGCAUUCUGAAUCUCAAGAGGACCAAAGAGCCUUGGCAUUGGAACUGAAGAGCGGGCUCCAAAAGUUGAAUGACCUGGAGAUGCGCCAACAUGGCAUGGAAGACAAACUGCAACGAGUUAAAGAAGGAAACAGGAAUCUCUCUGAACUCAACCUUUCAAGCAACAUAUCACAGAAGAAUCUUGAUGCACUUUGGUGAUGGAAAGUCCACUGCUUGUCUUGAUGUGCUCCCAAGACAGGAUAAGGGUUGCUCUGAUCUCAACACCUCCGCCUUCAUCCACCGCAUGAUCAUUGCCGAGAAACCCAAUCUCAUCGUUUUCACUGGGGAUAAUAUAUUCGGAUUUGAUGCCACUGAUGCUGCUAAGUCUCUAAAUGCUGUGUUUGCCCCUGCAAUAGCAUCCAACAUCCCAUUCUCAAAGUGCCUCUUCACUCCAGCCAUCACACAUUCUCUAUUGGAGUCUCUGAAAUGGAUUGGUGUGAUGCAGGAAACUAGAUACGGAGGCGGAAGGAUUUUUGGAAGCUUGGCAUGUGUGUUGAGGAUGAACGGACUGAGUGGACUGCGUGUCGAUCGAGGAUGAAGUUAUUUAUAUUUAGUCUUUUAGAUCAUGUUUUUCCGCAUUUAGUUUUUUUAAACAAUUGAAUUAAAGUUUAUGUUUUUCUUUUAAACAAUGGGUACCCAUGCCAUAUUUUCUAUUAUAAUGUAUUUGAUACAAUAUUUUGAGAUUUAAUAAAGUUAUAUUAUUUCUUAUGUAUCUUUCCCAAAAUAGUAGCUAUGUAUAGUAGAUCUAAUGGUCCAAGGUCAUAGAAAUAGUUGGGUCAUUACAUAUGUUUUUGUUGGGGAAUUUCAGUUUUACUUACCGGAGUUUUCAUUUUCUCCCUGAAGCAAUGUGUGGUGAAACAACCAUUAUGGUUUUUGCGAAAUUAAAGGCCUCAUGUAUGGUGAAACGGCCAUUCCUUUUUGCUGUUUGGAAAAUGCACUUUUAAUUCAAUAGUACAUUUUUACACAUUAUUGACUUAGCCUAUAUUUUCUAUGCUGUACUCUUAUAUUGCUAUUUGAAACUUUGUCUGGAUUUUAUUACUAUUCGCCGUUGGUUUAUCUAAUCUAAUAUUUGCAUUUGUGCCACUCUCUAGUGCGUUUGUGAUUGGGAUGAUCGUGAAAAUAAGUUUAUUGAAGUUGAAGGAAUUAUGAGAAGACAGAUAAAGAUGUCUCUUAUUCCUAGUGUGCAACCUUUCCAUGCAAUAGCCUAUUCAAUUGAUCCAAUGCUUGCACUGGAGAUAAGUCGUAAAUAUGCUGCACACUGCUCUGUCAUUGCAUCUCGUUAUUCUCUUCCUUCGUUCAAUUAUCUUGCAGCCUUGUCCAUAAAGAGCGAAGGUGGAAGUAAAAGGCUAAGGGUCGGUGACUUUGGUAACCAUCCUCUGUCUCAUCUGAUGGGUUCUGUCUUUGGUAUGCAUGAUAGAGAGAAUGUUGAGGUCUUUUGCUAUGCUUUAUGUGCAAAUGAUGGAUCUGAAUGGAGGCUGCGUAUCCAAUCAGAAGUGGAACAUAUUAUAGAUGUCUCAUCCAUGUCAUCUGAUAUGAUUGCCAGGAUGAUUAACGAGGAUAAAAUACAGAUCCUUGUCAAUCUUAAUGGUUAUACUAAGGGGGCAAGAAAUGAAAUAUUUGCCAUGCAGCCGGCCCCUAUACAGAUUUCUUACAUGGGAUUUCCUGGAACUACAGGCGCGGACUAUAUACAUUACCUGGUUACUGAUGAGAUGCUGUUCAAAGAGGUUUACAACCAGAUCAGAUUUUUUUCACAGAUGUUGCCAUGAAGGGUGAACAUAUCAAGCGCAGUGCUUUAGCAGAUUUAUUCUUGGACACGCCAUUAUGCAAUGCGCACACCACAGGCACUGAUGUUCUAUGGGCUGGUCUUCCAAUGGUGACCCUUCCACUUGAGAAAAUGGCUACGCGAGUAGCUGGUUCAUUGUGUCUGGCCACUGGUGUAGGAGAGGAAAUGAUAGUUAACAGGCAAUGACUUAAAACAAACUUACAAUUUGGUUAAAAUAAGCUCACUCAAUUUGGUAAAAAAUGAUUGUGGUAACUCACUCAAUUUGAAUACCAAAAUACCUCAAAUGAACUAGAUUUGGUUGAGAUUAAUGAGUUUGUUCUGCAUUUUAUACAUUUAUUAUUUGUUUCUCUCUUCAUUUUAUAG